ACAGACGAUGCACAAGUGACAAGUUUGAGUUUAUUACGGACACAGUGGAGUGUUUUAUUGUGUUUUUUCCAUUAAUCGAGAUUAAAAUAAUACAAAAUGCCAUAUGCUAAUCAGCCUUCGGUUCAUAUAACCGAUCUUACAGAGGAGAACGUUAAAUUUCAAGUAGAAGACACCGAACUGAGCGUAGCCAACAGCAUGAGGCGAGUGUUUAUUGCCGAAACUCCAACAAUGGCCAUAGACUGGAUCCAGCUAGAGGCAAAUUCGACAGUUUUAAGCGACGAGUUUCUUGCACAUAGGAUCGGAAUGAUACCGUUGAUCAGCGACGAUGUUGUUGACAGAAUUUUAUAUACAAGGGACUGUCAGUGCAUGGAUUUCUGCCCAGACUGCAGUGUCGAAUUCACACUGGAUGUCAAGUGUGCAGAGGAUCAAACUAGACAUGUGACAACAGCUGAUCUGAAAUCUAGUGACCCCAGAGUGCUACCUGUUACUUCAAGACACAGAGAAGACGAUGCAAGUGAAUAUGGAGAGACAGAUGAAAUACUCAUCGUCAAACUGCGGAAAGGCCAGGAACUGAAGCUGAGAGCUUACGCAAAAAAGGGAUUUGGGAAAGAACACGCCAAGUGGAACCCGACUGCUGGUGUCAGCUUUGAAUAUGAUCCAGACAAUGCGAUGCGUCAUACGCUGUUUCCCAAGCCCGAUGAGUGGCCAAAGUCUGAAUACACCGAGCUGGAAGAAGAUCAGUAUGAAGCGCCGUUUAACUGGGAAGCGAAGCCUAACAAGUAUUAUUUCAAUGUCGAAAGUAGCGGUGCACUGAAGCCUGAAAAUAUCGUCAUGAUGGGGAUAGUUGCCCUGAAAAACAAAUUGUCCAAUCUGCAGACACAGCUUAGCCAUGAAGUGCAAAACGACGCGCUUAGCAUUCAUCAUUAAAUAUCUGUAAUAAUUUAUCCCCUCAAGCACGCGAACUAUCGGUUCAAAAAAAAAUAAUAAUAAUAACA